AAAAACUAUUUUUUCUCCAAUUUGUGUGUCGUCUUCGAUGUUCUACUUAUUCUGUUAAUGAAAAAGAGAACACUUUUUUCUUUGUUUUAAACAUUUCUGAAUGAAAAAAUAUACCAACAAAAAGUUCAAUUAACCAAAAAUGUAACUAACAUGCUCCACUCUUUUACGUUCAACGUUCUUCUUACACUUGAAAGUAAUGUUUCACAAAUUGAGUCGCUAUUGCAUCUGUGACGUUCGCUACUUGCUGCGAUUCCGAGUGAUUCUUUGUGUGUUCCUCUUGUCAGUGAUAAUUGUUUGGAAGAUAAGUACAGAACUAACAAAUGACAGCCAGGAUCUAUCCGAAAGCUGUCCACACUUCGAUGUGGUGUACACUUGGGUAAAUGGUUCAGAUCCGGAAUUCACGAAAUCUGUUCGACAAUUCGACCCACACUAUGAUCCAGCACGAUUCGAUGACAAGAACGAACUCAAAUACUCGUUGCGGUCCUUGGAGAAAUACGCUCCUUGGGUGAGAAAUGUGUACAUCGUCACAAAUGGCCAAAUUCCACACUGGCUUGAUCUCAGCUAUCACAAGGUUUCAGUGAUUCCACACUGGGAACUAACUGAAUACCCCGAACUCCUGCCCACGUUUUCUAGCUCUGCUAUAGAAACAUUCCUGCAUCGUAUUCCGAACCUCUCGAAAAGAUUCAUCUACAUGAACGAUGAUAUAUUCCUUGGGGCUCCCCUCUAUCCGGAAGACUUGUACACUCAGUCGGAGGGUGUGCGUGUCUAUACCGCCUGGACACUCCCUGACUGCGCCAUCGACUGCCCCUGGGUGUACAUCGGUGAUGGAGCUUGCGAUCAGCACUGUAACAUUCCCGAGUGUCAGUUCGAUGGAGGGGAUUGCAUCUAUGAGGAUUCACAUCAAUCGGAGACAAAACGUCCAUCGACUCUUCCCACGAUAGUGAAUGCAGAGCAGCCCAAAGUCGAGCAACCUCGUCCAUGGAAGAAGCGCAAGCGGAACUCCUUCAAAGACGUGAUCAAGAAAACAAAUCUGUCCACUUUCGAGGAGAUGAAGAGCAUCGUAGAGAGCUUCAAUAGUGAGCAGCGAUCUAAAGCUAAAACAGACACUCCCCAGCCAACGAAAGGAUACAAGUCGAGUGUAGACAUUUUCUCGCAGAGUCUAAUUCACACAAAUCGUCGUCUUAACCAGGAAUAUGGAUUCAAGUCACGAAACGUAUUGGCGCACGUUGGUUUCCUGCUGGACCGGGAUACCAUCUACGCAAUGCAAAAGAAGUUUCGUCCCGAGAUCCACGAGACCAGAUCUCGUCGCUUCCGAGACAAAGAGGAUCUGCAGUUCGCAUUCCUCUAUUACAGCUAUGUCAUGAGCGAGACCAGGAACCUAACGGUUGGCGAGAUCUUCGAUGAGUUCGAUACAGACAGUUCGAUGACCUGGUCCGAUCGGGAGGUGAGAACAUUCCUGGCUCGCAUUUAUCCUCUACCGCUGGAUUGGUCAGCGGUGAGGUACUUCGAAGAGGUGGUGUCUAAUUGCUCCCAAAAAUUGGGAGAAGAACCGAAAAAGCGUGAACCGUUUAGCACAUUGGUCUACGAGCGAUAUGAGGAUUCAAGUUUGCCGACUAUCACUAGGAACCUAGUGAUCCAAUGCUCUAUGCUGGCUGAAGUGAUGCUGGACAAUUUCGCCCAACGUCCACGAUACAAAUUCAAUUUGACCCCUAAACGAGGGAUUCAUAGCAACUUUAUGAUGCUAACAUCCAAUCUGACUGAGGUGGUAGACUCCCUUGAUCGUCUACGGAGGAGCCCUAAGAAAUUCAACUGCAUCAAUGAUAACUUGGAGCCACAGUAUCCGGAGGAAAACGAACUCAUUCGUCAUCUUCUUGAGGACUUCUAUCUUUCAUUCUUUCCAAAACGCAGCCGCUUCGAGUUGCCUGAAAGAUAUCGUAAUCGCUUUAACAAUUUCAAUGACUAUGAAGCUUGGCGCUGGCGUAAAGGAUUAGCCCUUUGUGUUGGCUAUAGUGCUAGUCUUUUGUUGAUUGUGUUUUUAUUGAGAUUUUGUUGCAUGCACAAGGCGAAGUUUGUGAGGCGUUAUGUCCAGAAAAAGUAAGAACACUUAAGUGUAGGGUGAUACCUACGUUUCAGGGGUGUGUAGAUUUAUAUGAUGCUUUUUAUAGAUAAUUUCUAAGCUGUAGAAUAUUAAAGACAAAUAGAAAUUAUUCGAAUUUUA